GUUACCCCACACGGUUUCUUAUUCCCACUAAAACAACGAGAAAAAAAACCUAUACGCGUAUUAAUGGCAUUAGAACUGUAUUUAAAAAAAUCGCGGUACGUGAUUGGUCGACUUCGUCUCCAUAGCCCAAUGGAUUAGAAAUGUCAAAAUUUAGCGGGAAAACUGCUUUGAAUUGUCAAACUCUAUUUAAUUAUUUCUUUUGAGUGUGUAAGUGUGUGUAUGUGUGUAGCAUGAAAUAAUAAAAUCAAAGAACUAUAAUUAAUACUAUUUGUCUUUCACAAUUAUAAUUUUUAUUUCAUAAAAUAAAUUGAAAUCGUGAACGUGCAUCUUUUGUGUAAGACCCCGAAGUGAAUCUGUGUUUUCUUUGGAUUUUCUCCAGCCUCAGAACAGAAAAUGUGGUGGCUACUGAAAUUUUCGAUUGUGCUACAAUGUGUCAGUUCUGUUCAAAUCAUAAACAUGAGGGUACCAGACAUAAUUCAGUACGGAACCAAGGACAAGGUCACAUUGGACUGUGACUACGUUACCAGUAACGUCACAGGCUUAGUCGUGAAAUGGUUCUAUAUGGACCGAUCCACUAGUAUAUAUCAAUGGAUUCCACCUCAGAAACCUCAAGCUCUGGGGAUGUUUAAAGAUAAGCUAGACCUAACAUACAAAGUGUCCCACAAUCCGUACACACAGCACCGAGCUCUGAGGAUCAUCAAACUAGAUCCUGAGUUAACCGGGAACUAUACGUGCGUGAUCUCAACCUUCCUGGCUGAAGACGAAAAGACGAAACCUAUGACUAUAUUUGUUCCAGAGAGAAAAUUCGACAUGAUACAAGAUCGCCUAGACGAGGACUAUUUGAAUAUCAUAUGCGCCGUAGAAGGAGUCUAUCCGAAGCCCGAACUCAACAUACUAGUUGGAAACAGGCUACUAAUAGACACGAAGUCAUCGAUCAAUUUGAUAGACGGACGUUACACGGCUCUGACCACCGCCGUCGUGAACGUGAACUCGCUCCCGACAACUGUGGAGCUGCUGUGUGAGAUGCAAGUACCGCUGGCCAACUACUACAGCAAGAAGAGGGAUCUGUUCUAUAGAGAUCCGCCGACAACAACUUCGGAAUCACCUAACUCGGCCCCCGCACAGAGCGACGAUGGUAACUAUGAUAUUAACGUAUACCAGAACUCACCCAUAUAA